AUGGCGAAGCAAAUACUCCUUGCCAGCAUUUUAGGAUUAUCAACGGCAUAUAAACUCUCGCCCGCGAGCUCCUUGUCCAGGUUUUAUAAUCAGUUGCCUCUGGGCUUCGGCCAUAACAACAUUGAUGUGCCGCGAUUCAAGUGUGACUUGGGUGAACCUCUUGAUCCUUCUAAUGACGGGCUUUCCAGCUCUCAUGAGAUCUUUUCAAACAAGAAAGCGGUCGACACAUUAGUACAACGCCAUCAGCCGCUCGUGAAAAUUAAUUCAAUCUGCUAUGACGAUCUGGGAGAUUUCGACGAAGAUGACAGAUGGAAGCCCUUUGAUGAGAUCCCCAAGGUAUUAGAGGACAAGUACCCACUGGUGUCACUCAGUUAUAAAAAAGCAUGGGUCGAAACCGUCAAUAGAUUUGGGCUCGUAUAUACAUUUGAGGGAUCUGAUCCCUCAUUGAGACCCAUUCUCUUGACAGCUCAUCAAGAUGUCGUGCCAGUUGGAAGCGAAACAUUGGAUUUGUGGGAACAUCCACCAUUCGACGCAUAUUACAAUAAAUCAACUGGAUAUCUCUAUGGCCGUGGAGCUUCGGAUAACAAAUCAGCCAUCACAGCUCUCAUGUCUGCUAUGGAAGCUCUCCUUUCACAAGAGGACUACAACCCACGCCGCACAGUCAUUUUUGCUUUUGGGUUCGACGAAGAAUGUUCAGGUCUUCGAGGUGCGUCGUCGAUAUCGAAGCACCUCGAAGAACGGUACGGAGAAAAUGGAAUCGCCGUGAUCCUUGAUGAGGGCGGUGCUGGUCUACAAAGUGUCGGAGACGUUCUCUAUGCAUUGCCCGCUGUGUACGAGAAGGGAUACCUCGAUGUUUGGUUCGACAUUGAAGUUGUUGGAGGGCACAGCUCGACGCCCACACCACACACUUCCAUUGGUAUGAUGUCUGAGAUCGUCGUCGCUCUCGAAUCCAAUCCGUUUCAGCCAAAGAUCAUCAGGGACGGGCCAAUCCACGAGGCCCUCAUCUGCUUCACACGCUACUCACCCUACGCUCUGCCGGCGUUGACCCACUACAUCAAGAUGGGUCUGCUCGAUUCGGCCGCUCACCUGUUAGCGCAAGUGCAGCGAGAGACACAAUAUUUAAUUCAGACGUCUCAGGCAGUGACUUGGAUAGCAGGUGGCCAAAAAAUCAACUCAUUGCCGGAGUAUACCACUCUGGGGGUGAAUCACCGCUAUGCCCCCCAGGACAGCAUUGGCAGCAUCCAACACCGCAUUGUGAACCUGGUUCAAGGGGUUGCCGAAAAAUACAAUCUCACUGUGCUAGCGUUUGAAGGUGACGAGGACUACGAAGAUCAUCUCAGACAUGUGCCCACAGCCAAACACGACCGUAUGCACACGGCUUGGGAGCCCAUCUACAACGGAAAAUUGACAUUAGAGGCAAGGAAAAAAUCCUACAUCACUCCCCAAACGCCAACUGGCGGGGCUGUGUGGGAUAUAUUUGCCGGCACGGUCCGCCACACGUUUGCUGAUCAGGCAAAGACAGUCGUUCCGGCUCCAGGAGCCAUGACUGGCAAUACUGACACGCGCCACUAUUUGAAUCUGUCGCAGAAUAUCUACAGAUGGAGCCCAGGAAGUCUGAAAUCCUUCUCCAAUAUUCACGGCGUUAACGAGAAGCUCUUGAUGAGUGAACAUGUAAACAUGGCAAAGUUCUAUUAUGAUUUUAUCCGAAAUUAUGACCAGGCAGACGUCUAA